CUGACAUCUCCUCUCAACAUGUCCUACAGCUGCUGCUCUGGAAGCUUCUCCUCCCGCUCCCUGAGGGGCUGCCUGCCCCUCUCAGGCUCCUUCUGUGGCUCUUCCUACCCGAGCAACCUGGUCUACAGCACUAACCUCUGCUCUCCCAGUCCCUGCCAGCUGGGCUCCUCUGUGCUCAGUGGCUGCCAUGAGACCUGUGGUAAGCCCACCAGUUUCCUGGCAUCGUGUGUGGUGUCGAGUCCCUACCAGAGGUCCUACUACUACCCAAGGAGCUCCCUUUUCUGCAGCCCCCGCCAGAAGACUUGUACUGGAUCUGUGGGCUUUAGGUCCAGCAGCUGCCGUUCCCUGGGCUAUGGAUCUAGAAGUUCCUGUUCUCUGGGCUCUGGAUCCAGCAGGUGCUACUCAAGAGGCUGUGGAUCCGGUGGCUUUAGAUCCUUGAAUUAUGGACUCUAUGGCUACCCUUACCUGAGUUAUGGGUCCAGAUUCUGCCACCCAACCUACUUGGUUUCUAGGAGCUGCCAGUCUUCCUGGUACAGACCAAGCUGUGGAUCUGGCAUCUGUGGAUUCACUUAUUAA